AUGGAUACUUCAAUGACAGAAUUCGAGUUGGGCUACACCGUUGGCGACACUGAAGAUGAUUUCUUUUCGGUGAGCACCAUGAAAAAGGUUUCUCGGACGUUGGAGCACAAGGCUACUCGUACAACUUCUAGCAAGAGGACUGUAACAUCAGACAACGAUGCCUCGUUGAGUUCUUCCUUCAGUGUGUCGAUAUCUGCGGUACCGGUAGCUUCCAGCUCCCGCAGACGGACACCAGAAGAGCAAGAACUGUCGCCAUAUGAGGAUGGACAACAAGAGUCGACACUUGAAUGGGCCGGAAGGAUGGGAACAACCUUGAUGGGCCUCGGAAUUGAGCGAGUCCCAUCCGAGCAAGAACAUCAAAUGAUGCUGAUACUGUCGUGA